UCCUACCCCACAAUCACAAAAGUCUUUCUUUCAACUACAAAUAUCUCCUCACAUUUAAACAAACCUAGCAAGUACUAGUUAGAUCCCAUUUUUAUUAACCCAAUAAUGGAAUCUCAUGGCCGAGAAAUAGUUCUGAUCACUGGCUGCAGCCAUGGAGGCAUUGGCUAUGCACUGGCUCAAGAAUUUGCUGUAAAUAAUUGCUUAGUAGUGGCCACUAGUCGGUCCUUAAACUCUAUGAGAGAGCUUGAACAUGACCAUAGAUUCUAUCUCCAAGAACUGGAUGUUUUAUCAGAUGAAAGUGUGCAACAUGUGAUGUCAAAUGUUCUUGAGAAGUUUGGCAAAGUUGAUAUCUUGGUUAAUAAUGCUGGGAUUCAGUGUGUUGCUCCUCUUGCUGAAGUCCCUUUAUCUGCUAUGCAAAACACUUUCGAUACCAAUGUUUAUGGUACCAUGAGAGUCAUUCAAGCUGCUAUUCCUCACAUGGCAUCUAGGAAAAAGGGGAAAAUAGUUAAUGUUGGAAGUGUUACUGUCUUGGCUCCUUCCCCUUGGUCUGGUGUUUAUACUGCUACUAAAGCUGCUCUUCAUGCGUUGACAGACACCUUAAGGUUGGAACUCAAGCCUUUGGGGAUCGAUGUUAUCAAUGUUGUUCCCGGAGCUAUAAAAUCAAACAUAGGAAACUCUGCUGCAGCCGGGUACAACAAGAUGCCGGAGUGGAAAUUAUACAAACCAUAUGAAGCAGCAAUCAAGGACAGAGCAUACUUUUCACAGGGAGUCAGGUCCACCCCAACCGAAGAGUUUGCGAAGAAUACUGUAGCUGCUGUACUCAAGAAAAAUCCUCCUGCUUGGUUCUCAUCAGGCCAUUUCUCCACACCUAUGGCAAUCAUGUACCACAUGCCACUCUUGGUUAGAGACUUCAUUAUCAGGAAAGUUUUUAAAUUGUGAAUACUUGGGCUCUAUCUUUUUUACGCUUAUACUUAGGGCUAAUAAAUCUUAUUACUGAGUCAUAAAUGUCUCGUAUAUCCAUAGAUUUGAUAAAUGCCAUGAUAAACUCGUGAUUUGUUUACUAA